CUGCCGCUCGGCCCGGGUGGGCGCGGGCGCGCGCUCGGACGGCCCCGCCCCCGGCAGAGCGCGCCCCACGGCGUCUAGGGGGCGGGGACGCGGGCGAGGCUGGCCAUGGAGGCCGCGCGGAAAGCCCACGAGGCCGCGCUGCGGCUGCUGCUGAGCCGGCCUUGGGCCUCGGGCGCCGCCUCCCGCCCGAAGCCCCGCGCCUCGGAGGUGCUGACGCAGCACCUGCUGCAGCGACGCCUGCCGCACUGGACCUCCUUCUGCGUGCCCUACAGCGCCGUCCGCAACGACCAGUUCGGCCUCUCGCACUUCAACUGGCCGGUGCAGGGCGCCAACUACCACAUUCUGCGCACGGGCUGCUUCCCCUUUAUCAAGUAUCACUGCUCCAAGGCCCCCUGGCAGGACCUGGCCCAGCAGGAUCGGUUCUUCACGGCGCUCAAGGUCGUCAACCUCGGUGAGUGGCCCGGGCGGGUGAGGCAGUCCCGCCGCCGACGGCCCCACUGUUUGAAAAGCACGCCGACGAACCUCGUCAGAGGUCAAGACCCCGGCCCAAGGUAUUCCAACUUUAUUAUAUGGACUUGGCUCCUGGUUAUUUGCUAGAGUCACAGAGACUGUGCACACCAGUUAUGGACCAGUAACAGUUUACUUUCUAAAUAAAGAAGAUGAAGGUGCCAUGUAUUGAAAGUGUACAUUGGAAAACAUAAAUAUUAGUGGAUUUUCUCAUGUGUAUGUGCAAUAUUUAUUUUUGAUCCUUUGAAAUAAAACUUUUGCAAAUAUC